AUGGAGUACAACGCAGUCGCUCGUGUCCACGAUUCUCUAACACAGUUUAAAGUCUACGAAGAUUAUCUCGACUCCAAAAUCACCCCAAUGGAUUUAUUUUACUUAAAAAGCAGGGAGUUGGCCCGUACGCUGGUGGAGCACGGCCACAAGGGCACAGUCCUGAGCAGGGAGGAAUUUGAGGAGAAGAAAGCAGCUGCACAGGCUGCGGAGGCUGCGAGGAGCAACACUUUCUACAACAGGAGCCGGCCAAUGACAUUGGCAAGUGCAGGAAAAGAACUCAAAGAUAACUUCCUGCAAGCCCUGGCAGAGCGAGAGGAGGCCAACCGCAGUGGGAAAAUGACUUCGGUCAUUUUCAUAAGGGAUCAUAAUACUCUUGGACAGGAAGUAUCUGGCUACAUAGACUACGCCCACAGACUCAAGACCCAAGAUUUUGAACCAUAUUUCAAUGGAAAGAAAAGGCUCAUGCCAGGACGCUCGGAUUUAUGCUACUACAACUGGAAGACACAGGUGUCCACGUCCAACUCGAGCCCUAACUUUGAGGUGAUUUAUGACGAUCCUAACGGCCUCCUGUUUAAGAAUAAGAGGGACAAAAAGAUCCUGAGUGUGGACCCCUUGUCUGGUCCUGGUGAGGACUCCAACAGGACGUUCCUACGGUCCGACCUCUACAUCCAUGUCGUCAUCUAUGACCACAACAUCAGGACAGUCUAAACUUCAGAGGCUGCUGCCGACACAUUCAUACAUAUGGCACAUAUUGGAGAGCACUGGAAGCCUCUAAUUUGACUGAGUUGCUUUAGUUGCACCAUCAUUUACAAACUGUUCCCCUCAUAUCAUGCAUGCCAUCUGGGUGGAGGUGCUGCAGUGAAAAAAUGGCUUUAAACUAAGGAUUCCCAAAGGAAGAAGUGGAUGGACCAGUGUGACAACUUGGAAGUUUUCUUGCAAAAAGCCUGAGAUUAUAUCUGUUGCUUAGAUUUUGUAACAUUAUCCUCCUCUGAAGCAACAAAAUCAUUUGUUUAAUUAAAUUCUUCUGUAUUCCAUUUAUUGAAGACCAGAACCAAGUUUAGCUCAGUUUGUUUGGUAUUCACCAAGCAGCAGUCUUAGUUAGGGGCAGGAACCUGCUUGGGGACCCCGGGCUUGUCCUAUAGUUUGGCCUGGCAUGUUUUGGGCUGUUUGUCUAAACAAAUUAAAGGCGUAAGAGCUUUGAAAGAUGAUGGGGGUUCCUUUUAUGUCCUCCCCCAGGCUGCGGUAGCUCCAAUUGGACUGGAAGAAUGGGUAAUGGGCUUAAAACAUUCCGUAUGUUCCCAGAUGCAAGGCACACUUUACAGGACAUCAAAGUGCUCUAUCAUUUACAUAUUAGUCAUUCUGUAUGACAUUUUUAAUGGAAGACAACUCUACAAAUAACCUGUUUAAGGAAUCAUUUAGGAAGUACAGAAGACUUUUAGCAACUUGCUCCCUUUUAAUUUCAGGAUUUCAUUUUUUUUGCAUUUGUUAUUGAAACACCUGGUAUGAAUCAGCCGCCCCACAAGAAACAUUUUGCUAACAACAAGCUAACAAAUUACAGGGUCUUUGUUAUUUGUUCAUAAAUGUGUCUGUAGACUCUGCAGACAAAUAGUUGGGGGUAAAACAUUUUUUCCAUUUAGUCACAAGGAAACAUCCUGCACAUGUACCAGCUUUGUGGAGGUAUUUUUGUGCACUUACAACCAUGGAGUACUCAUUUUAUGCUUACAUUUUUACACACUUUUCCCAAUUUGUUUAAUUGCUCAACAAAAUGCCAUUAAAAUAUAGGCAUUCAACGUAGUCCUGCAUUGAUGCACAGUAACAAGAAUUAAGGUUUCUUAUGAUGGUUUCACAACAAUAUUACCUUUCACUGGAACAAUAAUAGUCUUUAAAAGAAUACUUUGACAUUUUUCUGGAAAAUAUGCUUAUUUUCUUUCUGAGAGUUGGAUAGG